AUGUCAACAAGUCCCUUCCCGUACACUUGUGAACUAUGCGGGGUGGAAGGACUGACGGACGAAGGCAUGCGGUCUCACACUUUGGAGGCCCACGUACAGGGGAGGCCAGAGUGUCCUUUCUGCGACUGUGCCGUACCUCAACCACAGCUUGUUGGGCAUGUUCAGAGGGCGCAUUUGCAUUACCUCACCCCUGAAAGGGAGUUGAUGGCCUUUAUAGAUGAUCAAAGUCCGAGUUUCGACGAUGAUUCCAAAAUGACGACAACAGACAGCUGCAGCUACAACACCCCUGGCUCAAUCAAUGGCUGGCACAGCCCUGAUACCUCCGCAUCCUUCCACAACGGUGCCAUCUCAAAAAACUCCUACCACAACGGGUUUCAAGAUCUAAGGAACGACAAAGACAGCUAUAGUAUCAAAAGUGACAAAGACUAUAGAAAUGACAGGGACGAAGAAAGAUGCUCAAGAUCACCAAAAAAUAUAAAUUUGACGAAUGGAAUGAAAAAUGUAAAUAUCAGCAAUGGAGUUAUUCCGAAAAAGUUAAACAGACAAAGCUCUGCUGACGGAGAAGUCGUUAAUGGACAUGUUUACGAUAGAAAAGGUGCUCAUUUAAGUCCAAGUCACAAUUCCAGUAGCUAUGAAGGAUCACCAAAUAAAAAUAAACUUUCAAUGGCGAGUGCUGGGCAAGGUUCACCACUAAGAUCUCAAUUAGCUUUAAAAUUAAAACCUAACACACCUAAAAAGUCAGCUCCAACACCAAGUCCGACGGAACAGUGUCUCCUGUGUGAAUUCACGUCAACAUGUCCGAGAAAACUGGAGGAACAUAUAAACAGAGCUCACUUCGACUUAACUUCGCCCUCCGUGAUGGGCAAUGCUAACGCCAACUCCAACGCUAACGUGAAUUCGAAUACGACAUCAACUACAACUGAUAACCCGACUUUGGGGUUGAGUAACCCGAGUUUAACGUUGGAUAACCCAACAUUAGGUUUCUCUGCAAUGGCAAUGUCUCCUGGCCCUCAGUGCUCGAGUUUCCAGUGUCCGAUUUGUGAGAGAGAGUUCUCGACCGGCUCGGAUGUGGAAAUGCAUGUUAAUGUGGAACAUAGAGACAUUCUGAGUCCACAAAAAUCCGAUCAAGUCGACAAUACAUCGUGUGACGACGUAGUUAUGAUGGAGGAAAGCCCUGUUAGCAACUGUCCUGUCUGCUGCCAGCCACUCCCACAGUCUCAACAUGAACUGAUCCAACACAUAGAAGAACAUUUCGAGCGCGGCGAGGACGGCGGCGCAGCUGCACUAACAGCAGCAGAGAGAGAAGCCAUGAAGAGUAGGGAGGAACAUGAGUUCCAGCUAUUACGGGCUCAAUAUGGCAUGGAGGAGGACGACGAAGAGGGCUACACGAACCGCGCAACGAACAGCCUGAAACGCGCCGUGUAUAGCGGAGCCUUAUCCGUGGCAGGGUACUAUGAACGCAGUGUGGGGUUGAAGCGAUCGUCGACUUCGGGGUGCGAUACUGGCGCUUCUAGGACCACUGGGAUCCUUGAAAGGAUAUACCAACUGAACAGUCAGAACAGCAGUAUAGUGAGGACAUACCUUUGCAGUGCUGUUGAUCAUUUCGCGAGCACGUACGGAGACAGGGGGUGGGGUUGCGGAUAUAGGAACAUGCAAAUGGUCCUCUCGUCUCUCAUGAAACACCCUCCCUACAACGUGCAACUAAGCUGCCUAACAGAGUGCCCGGCGCAGGCGCAAGCAGCCGCCGCGGAGUGCUCCUUCGUGCCCUCCAUUCCUCGACUGCAGAUGAUGGUCGAGAGGGCUUGGCAGAUGGGCUUCGACACGCAGGGCUCGGAACAACUAGGUUGCAAAUUGUACAAUACACGAAAGUGGAUCGGUGCAUGCGAAGUAAUCACGGUGCUUUCUUCACUUAGAAUAAGAUGCCAGCUGAUAGACUUCCACAAGCCAACCAGUCCUGAUGGUAGCCACCCUGCCCUCUUCGACUGGGUAUUAAAAUACUUUCAGGACGAUCCCAAUGGGUUCAAGGCGCCUCUCUACUUGCAGCAUCAAGGUCACUCUCGAACAAUAAUAGGUUAUGAGAAACUUAAAGACGGCAAAGCGACUCUUCUGGUAUUGGAUCCAUCACAUUCUCCUGCUCAAGUUCGUCAAGUCCUUUGCGGCAACACAUCAGCUUGUAUGACAGCGUUAAGACUGCUGCGUCGAGGAUCAUCAGCUCUGCGAGCGAGACAGUAUCAACUGUUAUGCGUCAAUGGAGUCAUGACCAGUGACGCGGAGUACGAGGCCAGCAAAGUCCUGCAGUCAGUCCGAAUCCCAUAGUGCAGGUGAGAGGGGCCGUCCGCCCACGAAACAUCACCCUAGUUCACAUUCACGCUUUACAAUAUUACGUUA